AGAGUGAGCACACACACAAAUCCUUCAGAAACCCAUUGGACCUCAGGGAAAAGUUAAUUCUGAUUUAAACCAUAGUGGCUUGCUCAUACAAGCCAAGUGUUUGGAAAAGAUGUGUGUGAUAGUGGAGACUUGGAUGAGGGAACGUGGGAGUGUUUUUCAGUCCUGGGGCGUGGCAGGCCCUUUAUGGAGAAGGGUGGUGCAGCUCUGUUUGGUGGAUACCAAGAAACAGAGCUCCAGAGGCACUGAAGGAGUCACAUCUGUCUGUCUAAACUUUCUGACCGGAACCGAAAAGACCCAGGAUGAUCAUCAGGGUGAGCCUAUUGUUCCUGGCCAUAGCUGUGGUCUUAGUCUGUGGUCAGAGGAAACGACCAGCAAAAGAAGAGUGGAACUAUCGCGAUGGCUCUGAGAAAGUCAGCAUGCGAGGAGUGGCAAACUUAACCCAAGUGCUUGAUGAUUGGAGGUUUGACAUCCUGAACCAAGUAAAGGGGCUUCUGCAGAAUGACCAUCAAUCUUUGCUGCCUGACUACUCCAGAAUCCAACCUCUCUCUGAGGCAUUGGAUGACCUGUUCAAAGAAUUCAACGCCCUGAAAGCGCAUCUUGCCGAUCUGACUGAGAAGUUUGGACCUCUGGAAACAUUCAUCGAUGAGCUCAAGACUGAAAGGAGCAAUGCGAAUGCACCACCUACAAACCCAGUGCGCAGAAGAGUUAUUAAAAAGCCAACACCUGUCGCCUAAAUAUCCUGAGACCAGUAGAGCUGGAACUCUCCAAACGGCAAAUGACUAUAAUGUAUAAUGCAGUUUUUUCUUUAGCUUUUCAGGUUUAUGGCAUUUUGUUACUGCAUGUUGCUGGGAAACAGGUAUUAAACAAUAUGCUGAACAUAGUGAAUGGCCACCCCAGGCCAUGUGCUUUGGGAAGCUGAAAGCAGCUAUUUAAAAUAUAAGGGCCUAGCUUAUAACUCACACAGUGCAUAAAAAAUAGACAAAGCUGUAACCACAGGACAUUUUAUUUUAGGAUACCUUGCAUCACUCCAAAACAAAAUAAACAACAGCCUUUGUUAUUCAGCAUAAGAGUAUUGCAUUUUACUGACAAGAUCAUUAAUCCUGUAAGUGGAAUUAGUCUGUAUUUAAAUUAGUGUAUUCAAAUAUACAGUACAUGACUGUCAGCGUGGUGAUAUUUCAUAUUUGCAGCUCUCAGAAUGAUAAAUGGCUCUUGCAGGUAUAAACUGAUUAUGUACAAGCUAAGAACAUUUCAGGAACACGGUAAAUUGUGUUUUUUUAUUGUAAAUUUAUGCUUAUAAUUUGAUGGAGCAUGGUAAUGAGAUGCUUAAUUUUGUCUUGGCUCAUAUUUGCGGUCUCAUGUAAGCUAUAAUAAAUUCAGUCUGUUGCAUUCA